AUGGCCUAUCGAUCCUCCGACUUUGAGGACCGUUUCCACGAGGGCUCCCGUCGUCCCGAGGUCCGCUACGCAGAGCGCGAACGAGACCGCGAUCAAGAUCGCCUAGGAUUUCUUCGUGAGGACCCUCGCCCCGUUGAUGCCGGCCCCCUCGUUCUCCGCCAGCGCGAAGUUGAAACCCGCGACGUCGCCCGUCGGCCCCCCAGCCCUAGUCCCAUUCGCUAUGGACACGUGGAUCCUGGUCGCCGCGCCCGCAGCCUGACUCCUCCCCAUAUUCACGAGGAACGGGACCGCAUCCGCAUCGCCGAGCGCGAGAGAGCCACUCGGGCUCCUCGUUAUGUCGAACGCUCUCCCUCACCACGGCCUAGAUUCGAGCGUCGAUGCUCUCCUUCCCCCGACCGAGUCAGAUCCCGCAGCCGUGUCCGCGUUAUCGAGAGGGAGAGGGAGAGACGCCGUUCUCCGUCCAGCUCGCCCUCCCGCUCGCCUUCCCCCCCGCCUCCUCCUCCACCCGUCAUUCGCGGUCCGGUUAUCGAGAGGGAAGUUAUCACUCACUAUCGCGACAUCGACCAUGCUAAACUCAGAACCGUAGGAGUCGUAAGAGCGCGCAGUCCCGCUCCUCCUCCUGCGCCACGACCCGCACCUCGGCCGCCAACGAGGACCGAGGAACGACACCUCGACAUCGACAUAAGGACGUCUCGUGGCAGGACAGACAUCGGCGUUCGUCGCUCCGUGAGUCGUCACCGGUCGCCGAGCCGCGAGCGCCGUUCCCCGCAUAUUCACGGUAAUGAACUCGUCGUCCGCGACGACCGACACGUUGGCUCCCGCCGGCGCGCCCACUCGGCGGCGCCUAUCUGCUCCCCCGUCACCGAGGAAGCCGAAUACAUCACGUCGCGGAUUGAUUCCCGCGGUCGCAUGGGAGAGGCAUGGAACGGCGCGACCAAGGAUUGGGCCAUUGUCGACGUCCCGCCCGGCACGGAGCGUGUCCGCAUGGACGGCGUGGGCGGGGGCGCCGCCGAGGUUACCUGGCAGCGCUAUAACGGUGUUCGGAGGUCCAAGUUCAUCCCAGAGCGCGACGAAGCCGCAUCGGCCCCAGCCCCAGCCCCAGCGCCCCCGGCCCGGGAUUCCAGGGGCUACGAGCGAGAGCUGGAGAUCGAAAUCAGCCGUGACAGGCGGAGCCGUCCUGCGCCCAAGUCGAAACAGAACGAGAUGUGGACCGAAAUCACCAAAGACCUGGUCAUCCGCGAUGCCAUUAUCGAGUGUGGUUAUGAUUUUGAGGAGACGGAAUACUUCUUCUACGUCAUGAAGUAUCUCAAAUAUGACAAUGUGCUGGAGCUGGUCCAGGUUUCCGAUGACAUUCGACGUUAUCGCCGUGAACGAGAGCGUGACAAGCAGCGGGAUCGCGAGUGGAGGGAUCACCAUUCGCGACGCCCCUCGCGGCGGGAUUACGACGAGCGACUACGUGAGCGCGAGAUUAUCGUGGACAAUACGCGGGGCGUCUUGAGGAGAGCCUAUUGA